GAGAAAGUGAGAGAUGGCGGUGUUAGGAAAAAAGGAAACACAAAAUCUGGAUUGUUGGAGUGCAUUUCUUUUUCGGAGACUUGAAUUUGUAACUCGAAGUUGAAGCUUCGCUGAGGUUUAUUUUUUUUAUUUGAAGCAUUGGUAGCAAUGGCUUCUCGCCUCUUCCUUCGUUCUGCUCUUUCACUGAGGAGAGCUUCCCGUUGUGCUUCUUCUUCUUCUUCUUCUUCCUUUCGAUUUGUUUCGUCUUCUGGAUUUUGUUCCUCUUCGGGUACGCCCGGAUUUCAUCCAUUGCCAGUAUCUGAUGCUGCUGUGGGUAUCGAGCAGCCUGCGCCUGAGAGUUCCUUAGUCGUCGAUCGGUCGGGUCUCUUCAAUACUCCAGAACACAGCCAUGGGCCAGGACCGUCGGAGGAGACUCCUAUGGCGAAACACCUCAAGGCUCUCAUCCGGUUUCGGGGAGGCCCAAUCACCGUCGCUGAGUAUAUGGAGGAGGUAUUGACAAAUCCAAAUGCGGGCUUCUACAUGAACCGCGAUGUCUUCGGAACUCACGGAGACUUUGUCACAUCACCCGACAUCAGCCAGAUGUUUGGCGAGAUGGUGGGCGUGUGGAGCAUGUGCUUGUGGCACCAAAUGGGUCAACCCGAAGCCGUGAAUAUAAUUGAGCUGGGACCUGGUCGAGGUACCUUGAUGGCCGAUCUUCUUCGGGGAACUGCAAAAUUCAAGGAUUUCUCGCAAACGUUGUCAGUUCAUCUGGUUGAAUGCAGUCCUGCUCUGAGAAAAAUUCAGCAUGAAACACUUAAGUGCGUUUAUAAGGGAGGAGCUGAAGAGAAGCCCACAGCUGAUGGCCAAAACUCAGAAGUUGUGGACGAUCGGAUUAGUCAAAUCUCAGGGGUUCCUGUAGCUUGGCAUUUUGAUCUUGACCAAGUUCCUCGAGGAGUUCCUACAAUUAUUAUCGCUCAUGAAUUUUAUGACGCCCUUCCCAUCCACCAGUUCCAGAAGUCGCCACGAGGAUGGUGUGAAAAGCUGGUUGACGUUGCUGAAGAUGACUGCCAGGGGUUGAGGUUUGUCUUGUCACCAGGACCUACUGCAGCAAGCAAAUUAUUUCUCACAAGGCGAAUGAAAUGGGCUUCUUUACAAGAGAAAGCUGAGAUAGAACAUGUUGAGGUCUGUCCUCAGGCUAUGAAAGUGACAGCUGACAUCGCAAAGAGAGUUGGUGGGGAUGGGGGUGGCGCACUCAUCGUGGAUUAUGGAGACAGCAAAAUUGUAUCAGACAGCCUGCAGGCAAUUAAGAAACACGAGUUCGUCCAUGUCCUUGAUAGCCCGGGCAACGCAGACUUAAGUGCUUACGUGGAUUUCGCUGCACUGAAGCACGUUGUGGAAGACGCAGCAGUGGGUGCAGCAGUGUAUGGGCCAAUUACUCAAUCACAAUUCUUAGGAGCUUUAGGCAUCAACUUCCGUCUUGAAUCUCUCGUGCAAAAUGCCACUGACGAGCAAGCUGAAGCCCUGCAGCUUGGGUACUGGAGAUUAGUGGGAGAUGGGCCAGCACCAUGGCUAGACUCUGAUGAUGAUGUCAAUAGGGUACCCCCAGGUAUGGGCUCUCGAUAUAAAGCGUUAGUAGUAGUUAAUGAUAAAUAUGGUGCUCCUGUUGGCUUCCAAUAACUCAAAGCAUGUCGGGACACCCAAAAGUUGAUGUAUGUACUGUCAUUUAGGACUGGUAAUAUAAAAAUUGAUUCUUCUUCACCCUCA